AUGGAUGCUCAGUUGCUGUCCGUGCUGCAGUUGACGGCAUGGAGCAGCGUCCUCAGCAAGAUCCUUGACUGGCUCUGUUCAUUCCUUCCAGGCUUCGACAACGAUGAGAUGUACCCACUGCAUGCAUUCGACGACACUAGGGAGAACAGAAAGAUACUCUCGUGGACUCUCCGCUUCGACAGUGUCCUUGAUGCCGAUCUACUCCACCUCUCUCUCGUCAAGCUCAUCGACCGGCCAGGAUGGCGGAAGAUGGGUGGCCGGCUGACAAAGAACAAGGGCAGUAAGCUGGAGAUCAAAGUACCGGAGAACUUCACCUACGAUCGGCCGGCUGUGAGGUUUUCAAGCGAAGAAUUCGAUCUUGAUAUGGAGGAGGAACCUCGCGUCUGGAAACUUCCGAGAAGCGACAGCACAGGCAGACCUUCAUUACACGAUGGCCCUCCAGCUUUCCGGUAUCUUACCAAGCGUCCCGACAUGGCAACCAAGUUCUCAGACUAUGUCGACCAAGAUGAGCCUAUGAUGUCCAUGCAUGUUGCUUCAUUCAAUGAUGGCACACUCGUCACUAUCAGCUGGCCUGGUGUUGCCACCGACAUGAUGGGUAUGCAUGGAUUCAUCCAGGCCUGGUGCGAAGUCCUCGGAGACCGUGAGGACAAUGUUCCGGAGAUGAUGGGAACACACAAGGACCCAAUGAGAUCUCUUGGACGACUGAAGCUCAGGGAAAAGUACGUCUUUGCCGGUGCUCAUCUGCAAGGUCUUCAACUCCUGCGAAGCUUGUACUACUCUCUUGUGGACAAGUGGACACAUGGCGAGAUGGAGUCAAAAACGCUUUGCCUACCUGCCUCAUCUAUGGCAAAGCUGAAGCGGGAAGCCGGCGUAUCUUCGAGCGGCGAGAAGGCUCUCAUCAGCGAGGGCGACAUUCUGGCAUCCUGGCUGGCUAGACAAGCCUGCUCAAUUCUUCCGAUUUCCUCCGACCGGCCGGUUACAGUGUUGAUGCCGUUCGAGGCCCGGUCGAGACUGCCCAUGGUGUUCCCACAGCAAUCCAAGACGGAACAAGAAAGCUGGGGCGAGAUGUGUCGGCCAAGCCCUGUGUACCUGGGCAAUGCAACGUUCACAGCGCACCUGCACAUCCCCGGAUCUGCUCUUCUCAGUGCGCCUAUUGGAGAGGUCGCCUACGCGACGCGAGCCGCGAUCCUCCGGCAGACGACCGAAUCACAAAUCAAAGCUGCCUCCCGAGAGAUUCGUCAUCGUCAGGAGGAUGUCGGCGGCUUCCUGGGCCAGAUGAGGCUACCACUCAAGUAUACCACACCGGACAGCAUGAUGGUGACGGUAUCGAAUUGGAGCAAGAUGAACGUCUUCGACACGUUCGACUUCUCACCUGCAGUCAUCAACAAGAACAUUGGUGUUGCGACAAGGAGUAUGACCAGCCUCAAGGCUGGCAAGCCGACAUAUAACCAUGUGGAUGUGCUGAGGCCGUCGAUGGGCGAUAGGAAUAAGUUCCACAUAUCUGGGAAGGAUCACCACGGCAAUACAUGGAUCACGGGCAGAAUGGCAGCUGCUGGCUGGGAGGCGCUCAGAGAGGAGUUGGCUUGGUUAUAG